GAGCGAUGCGUUCACUUCCGUCAAUAUUUCCAGCAGUGGAGCGAGAAGACCAAGCAGAGACGAAAAAAAGACAAACAAAGGAAUUGUCAUCCCUUGUCAAGGUUCUUUCUAACAUUUGUCAUCGCGUUCAGAGUUCCACUGGCACCAGGUCCGGUCCAGUGCUCACUGUUCCAGCGAGGAUGCCUUUCUUGGGCAAGGACUGGAGGUCGCCGGGAUGGAGCUGGACCAAGACGGAACACGGCUGGAAGAGGAUCAUCUUCUACGGGCACGACGUGGACCACAUCCACACAGGGAUCCAAUUCACCUGUGACGACAAAGAAAAUCUGUUUGUGGAAGACAUUUGCGAACUUGCCAGCGUGAAAAGGAGAAAGGACUUCUACAACCACAGCACCAAAUCUCAUUUUGUUUUCAGGGAUAAAUGGAUCUACGUGCAGAAAGGCAGCACAAAAGAGCGUCAUGGCUAUUGCACUCUUGGCGAAGCGCUGAACCGCCUCGACUUUUCCAGCGCUAUCCACGACUUGAGGAGGUUCAACUACGUGGCAAAACUUUUCCAGCUAAUAGCCAGAUCCCAGCUGACUUCCUUGAGCGGAGCCGCCCAGAAGAACUAUUUCAACAUUUUGGAGAAGAUCGUACGAAAGGUGGUGGAGGACCACUACAAUCCGCGGCUGGUCAAGGAGCUCCUGCAGGAUCUGAGCGCAACACUGCACAGUCUGACCCUGCACGUGGGCCGAUGCGUGCUGGUGGGCAACGUCAACGUCUGGCUGUGUCGACUGGAAAACAUUCUCAAGUGGCAGCGGCAGCUCAACGACCUGCAGAUCCCCAAGCAAAUGCGCUCGGGCGUGUCCUUCAGCGACCUGCCGCUGUACAUGCAGAACAAGAUCCUGCACAACCUCUCCGACGCCUGUGACAUCAUCAACCUGGGACAGGCCACGCCCACGCUGCACGUCCUCAGCGAGAACCGGACGCUGUGGAAGCGGCUGUGCCACUUCCACUUCUCGGACAAGCAGCACUUCUCCAGGAAUCUGGUCCUCACCAAGAGCGACAGCGUGGACUGGAAGCUGAUGUACUUCACCCUGCAGAAGCGUUACCCCAUGAAGGAGCAGUACGGCGACACCUUGCACUUCUGCAAGCAUUGUAGCAUCCUCUUCUGGAAGGACUGUGGCCACCCGUGCACCGCCAACGACCCGGACAGCUGCCUUGUGCCCAUUUCCCCGCAACACUUCAUCGACCUAUUCAGGUUCUAGACGUUUCCUUUCGGCCCGUAGUCUCCAAAUACGAUACGACAUCCUAACGUUGUUUACCUUCGCUGCAAAAGGGCUUCAAAUGAGGCGCAUUUCAACAUGUCCCUGCAUUGCGCACAACCACGACCGUGGCCACAGGGAAAAAUCCAUACUAAAUAGUAUCUUGCUGAUUUUUGCACAAAUAAGAUCAAAUACUGUAUAUCUACUUGUACAAAGUGUACAGUGAGUUUUAGCAUGUAGCUAAAUGAUGAAAAGUAUAUUAUCUUUUUAAGAAAGUUUAUGGCGGGUGUUUAGAAUUCUAAUUGAUCGAUUAAUCGAUUGAUUAUUACGCCCAUCCCUCGUCUCAUGCUUGUAAUCGUGAUGUUUUUUUGUUUUUUUUUAUCCCCCCGCAGCAACCGAACGCACGCGUCUGUUCAUGUUGUGUUUUGAGUAUUUGUCAAUCCCCUUUAAGAGCCGAAAGUUGUGAAAUGUCAAGUUUUAUUUAUGGGCUUUGGGGAACUUUUGUAUCCUUCUUCCAACUUUUUAUAAUAUUCCUUCCUGUUCCGCGUGUUUGUCGUACUAUGACAACUACGUCCGUGGGGCAGGAAGUAGCAUAACUAAAUAAUUAAAUAUUUACUAAAAAGGAA